AUGAUGUCAGUUGAUACGAAGCAUAACUUAGGCGGUGACCGAAAGCCUCAGUUAUCGAAAUCGUUAAGAAAGCAAUCUUGGUGGCCAAGAUUUGGCACCACAAUUUAUAACCUCGCCAAUCCAAGGACAGUAACGACACAAGUCCACAUACCAUUUUCAAUUUCCACCCAGGGGAGUGAUUCAGCAAACAGCAUUUACAACGAUCAGCCAUGGAUUCAGAGGAGGCUGACGAAGAGUUUCGCCAGGCUC